AUGUCGCUCGCAUUAGGAAAGCGCAAGCGCACUGUUACAACGAAAUCAGCAGCUCCCUCAAAGAAAGCAACAAUCGCAAAGCCAGCACCACCACCUCCGGCGCCAGCAGCAGAAUCAGAUGCGGAAGAUAGAGAAGCCAUGAACGAGGCAUUCCGCCGCGCUUUUGAGAAGAGAUUCAAAGCGAUAGAAGAGGAAAAGCCAAAGGAAGCAGAAGUUGAAGAGGAGGACGAUGAGGAAGAAGAUGAAGACUGGGAUGGCAUUUCAGAAGAGGAAGAGGACCAUGAGGAUGAGAUCGAAGUGGUCGAACACAACAUGUCAAAUUUCUCGCGCGACCGAGCAGACAAGGCAGCGCUGAAAGCAUUUAUGUCCUCGAAACCACCAACAUCUUCAGACGCGCCUGCCACCACGUCCAAACAACCGACGAAAAAGAAAGAAGACGACGCCGACAACCCCACCGAACAAGACGACCUCAAAAACGAUCUCGCCCUUCAACGCCUGCUCAAAGAAUCACAUCUCCUCGACUCCUCAUUCUCCUCUACCGACCCUUCUGGCAAGAACCGCCAUAAAGCCACCGAUCUCCGUCUCCUCGAACUCGGCUCCAAGACGUCCAUUUUCGCUCAAAAGAAUAUGCCUAAACACCAACGAGUCGGCAUUCAAAAGAAAAAGGAGAACAAAGAGGCAGAGAGGAGGAGGGAGGCCAAGGAGAAUGGAAUUGUGCUUGAAAGGGUUAGGAAGGAAGGAACAGAUGGAAGAGGAGGUGGCUUUGGAGGUGGUGGUAGCAAAAGAGAACGGGGAAUUGGCAAUCCGAGUGUGGGAAGAUUCAGCGGUGGUACUCUGAAGCUGAGUAAGAGGGAUGUGGAAGGCAUCACUGGACCCAAGAGCUCGGGACGAGGAGGAAGAGGCGGUAAGGGCGGACGAGGUGGUGGUAGAGGUGGCGGUAGAGGUGGAAGAGGAGGAAAGAGGUAG